AGGCGGCAAGAACUACGACUCCUCUCCGAAACUUAUUUAAGUCUUUCCAAACUGUGGAUUUCUUUUCCUUCUGUUGUUUUGUGUGUGUAAGAACGCCAAAUUAACCCGUUCGGAUUAACUCUUUUUUAAAGGAAUAACUCUUUUUGUCAUUAAAAAGUGGCUGUCUGCAGCUCGGGUCCCCAUGCUCUGCCCUGUGAGUGCUGCUUGGCCUGCUGAGCCCGUAGGUGCUGGUGAGUCUGUACUGGGCUGCAGCUGAAGCAGGGAUACAGGGACCAGUGGUGGAGGCGGGUCGUCAGAGGGCCCGGAGCCCCGGUAGCAGGCGGUGGGGCCUGUCCUGUCUGAGCCACGCCGAAGAUGAACAAACUGAACUUUCACAACAACAAAGCCAUGCAGGACCGCCGCUGUGUCUGUGUCUUUUUGCCCAAUGAUGACACACUUAAUGUCAUAGUCAAUGUGAAGACUUUGUGCCAGGAACUGUUGGUCCAGGUGUGUGACCUCCUGAGGCUGAAGGAUUGUCACCUGUUUGGACUCAGCGUUAUUCAGAAUAAUGAACACAUCUAUAUGGAGCUGGAUCAGAAGCUUUCCAAAUACUGCCCCAAAGAAUGGAAGAGAGAAGCCAGCAAGGGCAUCGACCAGUUCGGCCCUCCGAUGAUCAUCCACUUCAGAGCUCAGUAUUACGUUGAGAACGGGAGAUUGAUCAGUGACCGGGCAGCCAGGUACUACUACUACUGGCACUUGAGGAAACAGGUGCUGCUCUCCCAGUGUAUCCAAAGGGAGGAGGCUUACUUCCUCCUGGCAGCCUUCGCCCUGCAGGCUGACCUCGGCAACUUCAAACGCAACAAGCACUUUGGGAAGUACUUUGAACCUGAAGCCUACUUCCCUCCGUGGGUGAUAGCCAAGCGUGGCCGUGAGUACAUCCUGAGGCAUAUCCCGAACAUGCACAAAGACCAGUUUGCUCUCACAGCUUCAGAGGCCCACCUCAAAUACAUUAAGGAGUGUGCCCAGCUCGAUGACGUCACUGUCCACUACUACAGACUGUACAAGGACAAGAAGGAGGUAGAGGCAUCUCUUACACUGGGACUGACUUUACGUGGUAUCCAAAUAUUUCAGAACGUCGGCUCUGUGCGGCAGCUGCUGUAUGACUUCCCCUGGACCAACGUGGGAAAACUGGUAUUCGUGGGGAAGAAGUUUGAAAUCCUUCCUGACGGGCUGCCCUCGGCUCGUAAACUCAUCUACUACACAGGUUGUCCCCUUCGCUCUCGCCACCUCCUGCAGCUGCUCAGCAACAGCCACCGGCUCUACAUGAACCUGCAGCCGGUUCUCAAACAGGUCCGCCGCUUGGAGGAAAACGAAGAGAAGAAGCAGUACAGGGAGUCGUACAUCAGCGAUGCUCUGGAACUGGACAUGGAUCACCUGGACAAACGCUCCCGGGCCAGCGGCAGCAGCGCAGGAAGCAUGUCUCAUCACAAACGCCUGUCUCGCCACUCCACGACCAGCCAUGGCAGCUCGCACACCUCGGGCAUCGAGACGGACAGCUUCAGGGCCCCGGGCCAGGCCCCGCACAGGCCGCUACGGACCUGCAGCUCGUCCACAACCAGCCAUGGGAGCUCACACACCUCCGGCAUCGAGAGCAGCGGCAAGGAGCGCAUACUAGAUGAUGACGAGAUUGAGAUGCUGGUGGACGACCCCAAAGACUACGAGGAGCUCCAUGAGAUGGCUCUGGACCAGGAGCUGUGUAUCCACAUCACUGAGGACAUGUUGACCAUGUCGCCUGAUCAGACCAACGGAUACUCAGGACUGAUAGUAAAAGACGUCAGCUCCUCCACUUCCAGCUCCUCUGAGACCGUGGUGAAGAUGAGAGGACAGAGCAUCGAGUCUCUGCCACAGACAUCUGCAUGCAGGAAGCCUCAGUCCUCGACCGACCGACACAGCCAGUCUCUAGACGACAUCCGGCUCUACCAGAAGGACUGCCUGCAGUGGGCCGAGCUCUGCCAGGACACCGCACACAGCUACACGUUCGGCUGCGCCCAGGAGCUGAGCGACGGCGGCGGAAGCAGCUACCAGGGCCUCGCCGAGCAGCGUGGCGGCAUGCUGGCCGAGCAGCACCCGUUCCCCAUCAAGAGAACCAACAAGUACUUCUCUCUGGAUCUGACCAGCGACGAGGUCCCCGAGUUCGUGGUGUGAAACAAAGGCGGCCUCGGGGCGAGCUUUUUCGCUCCGGUGUGGAGAUGUUUCAGCCCUCAGGGAACGAGAUGAGAGAGGAGUGUGGGAGAGGUGUCCCUUCACUUACCACUUCAGACGAAUAACAAAAAUAAACAAACAAACAUGGAGGCUGAAAAGGGAACUUAAAGAACAGACAUUUGGUUCAAGAGAAACCUGCGUCUUUAACCUGAGCUGCUCCCCCCGUGUGAAAGGAAACAAAAGGGAUCGUGUCAUAUUCUUUAAAAAAAACAACAUUUUUAUUCAAAUAUGUCUCCUCCAAACUGGUUUCAAGAACCACACGUGGUGUUUGCCUGCUUUAUAAAGUCCUAAACAGACUGUGUGUGCAUGCACGUAGACAGAGACUCAUGCACCGACAUGAAGAGCAUAUCAAAGAUUUCCCACGGAGGACGCAAAAGGACAAAAUCACUCUGAGCUACGAACCAAAGACAAAAAAUAAAGUAACUUUUUCUCAGUGUGCAGCCAUGAUAAAAACAUUUCAAAGUCAUGGUGGGAGGGAAGAUGAACCUAUAAUCCUUUGAGAGGACGCAGCCUUGGUUCUUUCUUCUACGCCACUUCAUUUGGCCAAAGCAGCAAGUGCAGUGUGCCGACCCCUCCCCCCUCUCUCAGACUGGACUCUAAAUCAUGUGAACACACACCCGACGUGCCUUCAUCACGCUAUGCAGAUGUCAAACCCUCGCCUUGACAAUCACACACCUUUUUCAAAGAUCCAAGCCAUCAGAAUUCAAAGCUUUUUAAACGUUGUAAACACACUUCAAGCCAGUUCUGCAGCAUCUUAAAUGUCAGAAAAGGCCUCGAUUUCAAACUGUUUCACGUCCCGUGAACUCCGGCUGAGUUUCCCGGGAGGAAUGAGGUCGAGUAAGUUCCUACAUGUCCUGACUUGCGUCGAGUUUGCGGCCACAAAAGCUUCCCUGUAAGCCAGACUCAAAAUGGAGCCUGGUUGGCUGUCGGCCAAAACAAACCGUACAUUUUGAUGCAAAUAUGUACGUCUUCCUUUCUGCUCAGUUGUCUCUCACUCUCAUUUACGUCCGUUUUGUUUCAUCCAUCAUUUUAAACUGGAAAUUUGUUACAUUUUUUUUUAUUCCUCAUCCUCUCAUUUUACCUGAAAUCUCUUUACAUGUUGUGUUUUUGUAUGAUCUGUCCAGACUCGUGUGUAUGUCGAACAAUUAAUCUGCGUGCGGUUGAUGUCAUUCAGUAUUACAAGCAAAUGUAUGUGACAGUAUUAAGGACGUGUGAUGUUAGAACAAGACGGACUGGUUUUUAUCAUUUUUAAUCUCGCAGUAACGUUCAAGAGAGCUGAAACCUGAGAAGCUUUUACAAGCUUAUAUUUGUCAUUAGUCACACCACAACUGGUGUGAAUGGAGGGCAGGAAGUUAAAACAACAAACUUUACUCAUAAAUCGCAUCUCAAAUUCAAAGUGCCACAGUUACAGCUAUGUCUGAUUUAUAUCAUUAAUGUCAUGCUUUAUUUUUUUUUAAAUCAUACAUAAUGUUUUUAGCUUCUCUGUGGUGAUAACACCACUCCUCUACACUUGUUUGGAUUGGGAGGAACAACAAUUACCGUUUGAGAUUAUAGAUUAACUUUAAAUUAUUAAAUUUAACAUAAAACUUUCCAUUUUCCGUUUAGUCAGUGGUUCCCAACCUUUUUCUCUCAUAUUCCCAGAAAAUAGAGCUAUGCCAUAAUACAACUCCUCAUUUUAUAUUGUAAAAUUACCCAUUAACUCAUUAAUAAAAUCACUGAUUAGAAAAAAAAUCCCAAACCUGUUUUAUCUUGGGGCCCGAACCACAUACCAAGCCAAACUCCUUUGCGUUUCUAUUUUUAUACUUUUUAGUCAGGUACAAUAUUCCGAUAAUUCCAACAGAAUUAACUGAUUAAUUCACUUAAAAAACACUAACUGUAAGACUGGAUUCUGCUGAUGUUAAAGGGAUACUCGAUCAUUUUUGUAAACAUAUUUAUCGCUCCUUCUUGCCAAGAGUUUGAUCAGAAAGCUCAGUACCGUUCUCAUGUCAGUACAAUAAACAUGAAGCUACAGCCCAAAUCCUGUUAGCUUAGCUUAGCAUAAAGACUUGAAACAGCUUUAUCCAAAGGUGACAAAAUCUGGUUUGGUUUUGAUAUCGAUCAAACUAUAGCUGCUACUUUUUGAAAAAAACGUAAUCACAAUAUUUUGGUCAGUAUUGAGGUGAUGAUUAUUUAACAUGAUCACUCAUCAACUUUGGAAACAUUGGUUUGAUUUGAUUUUCUCAAGCUCUAAAGAUAAUUUACCUGAAAAACUACAUUUAAAAAAUGUAAAAAAAAA